UGAAACUAUAUAAGAACACUUUGGGUGGAUGCAUGUGUUUAUCUCAUUGUUUUUCGUGUUGUGGUCAGCUGUUAUACUCAUACUCAGGAAGCUCUCUGUAACUAGUUGACUCAGAUUGGGAAACCCAAUCAUGUGACAUGUGACUGGUGUUAAAUACUCUCACAUAAAUCCACACCCAACACAUCACACACACUUUUCAUGCAGUGCUCUUCUCUGAUUACAUAUUAUUGUCUUUUUUUAUUGUUAAAUAUGCAGCUCGAUUUGCACGGGCUGUUUGAACACAACAGCACCUUUGACUACAGCGACUAUGAAUACAAAGAUGACUGCAACAUUAGGAGAUCCGUUCUGGCUAUAUUCGUCCCCAUUCUGUACUCUGUGGCACUGAUACUUGGACUGAUUGGUAAUGUGCUGGUGCUGGUUGUGCUGUGGCAGAAGAGGCGUAACUGGAGCAUAACAGAUGCCUUUGUGCUUCACCUGAGUGUGGCUGACGUGCUGCUGCUCCUCACUAUGCCAUUGUUGGCAGUGGAUGCUGUUAAAGGGUGGAGCUUCGGCUCUGGACUCUGCAAGCUGACAGGAGUUCUCUUUAAGAUUAACUUCUACUGCAGUAUCUUCCUGCUGGUCUGCAUCAGCCUGAAUCUGUACAUUUCUGUAGUUCACACAACACAAUUGUUCUCACACACAAGACUCUGCAUGGUGCAGCUCAUUUGCCUGGCUGUUUGGAUCUUUUGUCUUCUUCUCACCAUUCCAGAUUGGAUGUACCUGAACUCAGCAAGUGACUCUGAACAUGAGGAUAAAACCAAGUGUGUGUAUAAGUACUCAACAAAAGAAUCAUGUUUGGCUUCUCGUUUGCUGUUCCAUGUGUUAGGUUUUUUGCUUCCUGUCAUAGUGCUGCUCUACUCUUUCAUCCGUGUCUUGCCACAUUGCAGACCAGAAAUGGGUAUACAGAAGCAGAGAGCUGUGCAAGUCACUUUUGUUCUAGUGUUAGUCUUUUUCAUCACAUGGACACCAUACAACAUUGUUCUGCUAGUGGACACUUUCCGUCCUUCGUCCAGAAAACCCACGGAACCUUGUGAAAAUCAAACGUGGACUGCGGUGAAAAGCACAGCUGUUUUAGGUUUACUUCACUCCUGCUUGAACCCUAUGAUCUAUUUAGGCUUUUCUGAAAAAUUCAGACACUGGACUUUAACCACCAUGAAAUGUGGUAGCUGUGCAGUGGACAGUGGGGAUUAUUUCCUAUGGGAUUCUAGAGAUAUUCACAGUGCUACGUCUGUCCCACAGGAGGAAAAUGGAGAACUACAACCAGUGAAGAAUAAUACACAGCAACAGAAUGAUCAAAUGCUUUGAUUUUUUUUUUUCUCCCCAGGAUGGAUGAGGGGACCUUGUUGAGUAAGUCUUCAGUAGCCAAAUACAUGAUCCUGGGGUCUCAUUUAGCAUAACAUAGCAAAGCAAUGCUCUAAGUUUGUGUGUAAUAACCUCUAGUACAUGCUCUGGUAUGUAGAAUACCAUGAACAUGCUCAUAUACACAGAUAAUGCCAUAAGAACAUACAUAAACACACACUCACAUAAACUCCUAAAUGACCAUAUAGGGUUAAAGAUGACACUUUACAAAUCAUGUCAUUUAAUCAGCAUUUGUAGUAUAUGAUGCUGAUGGGAAACGCAUUAUGGAUUUUUUUGCACAAGAUAAGGUUUUAGAUAAGUGAUCACAUACUGUACUGUAUUUAUCUACUUAAUGGUUGUUGAUGCAGCAAAAAUACAAAUAAGAAGGUUAAGGCAUGGUUUAGGAAAGUACAAUGGCAUAGAGUUAACUAUUUCGAAUGGGAAGUAAAGCUAAAAUAAGAAAAGCAUCAAGAAAGGCAUCAUCCUAAUCCAUAUUUACAUCUCCUGGAUGUGGCUUGUUAUUUCCCAUUUUUUAAGGUAUUGUUGAGGGUUGUGUGUGGGUUUUGUUAUACAUUAACAAGGUUAGAAUAAUGUAAUUUGAAAUGUAUAUUUAAAGUUGAAAUCCUUAUAAGGAGCAUUGUUGUCAUUACUAUAUGCUGAUAUACAAUUAAUAUAUCACUUACAGGGUUAUAUGGGUCAUAUGUAACCUGUUCUGUAUGUUUUAUUUUAAUAUAGUGUAAACUAUGUAGCUAUUUCUAUGAUUUUGUUUUGUCUGUUGGUAUGUCACACGGUAAUGAGUUCAUGCUCUUACAUUUACUUGCAAGAACUCCUGAAUCAUAAUGAUUUUACUCUCUGACAUCAUGAAUUUUUUUUUCUAGCUGCUCUGCUUGUGAGCCAGAGUCAUGUGCUUUCCCCUUUAGAGUCAGUGGGUUUUUCAGUAUUGCGUAAGGCAUGUCAGUUGUUCUGGAAAAAGUGCUUUCUUGGGAUUUCCUUUGGAAUGGUGUUUUGUAACAUGUGAAAGCUAUUUUUUAACGGAGUGCCUUUAAACACAGAAAGAGUUUUUGUCCUUCCUGUGGGCUAUAUGUACACAUGGGGAUGUUUAAAAGAGGAAAGAGAUGCAGUUCAUUAAGAAGAAAUAAAUGUGAAGACAA